AAAAGGCCCAAAGACAUCAGUAAUUACUGUCAUUUUUGGUAAUUACCAAAAAUGUAUUAAGCAUUAACAUGUAUAAGCUUUUUUAUACUAACACUGUAAACAGUAUGAAUUAUUUUAUAUAAAAUAUAACAAAAAAGUGAAACUUAUUUAUAGACUGAUUUACUUUUGGAGAAGAAAAUAAAACAAUUUGUGAAUAAAGUGUUCAAACAUAAUUUAUUCAUUCUUUCGGAAAUAUUUAAAUAGGAGAGUAAUGGAUGAGCUAGAAGUAUGGGAAGAUUUAUCUAAUAUUCCAGCUGAUCCACCUUUGAUGCGAGAGCUAUGUGAAAAUUGCAUGAGACCUUCAGUUGUUUGUUGGUGUUCAGCACUUCCACCAGAGCGACUUGAGCCUAAGAGUAAAGUCAUUUUAUUACAACACCCAGCUGAAGAAAAAAGAUGCCUUCGAACUGCUCCUAUGCUACAACUAGGCUUAGCAGAAAAUAAGUGCCUUAUAUUCAAAGGAAAAAAAUUUCCUCAACCUAGACAUGAAUGUCUAGAAGAUAUUCUAACACAACCAAAUACUGUGCUUUUAUAUCCCAGUAAAGCUGCCAUUGAUAUUAAGGACUUAAAACAUGAAGCUACCUCUUAUAAUAUUAUAUUAAUAGAUGGAACAUGGCCACAAGCUAAAGCCAUAUAUGCAUCAAGCCCUAUUUUACAUAUAAUUAAACAAGUAAAACUUACUACUACAAGCACUAGUAACUAUCUCAUAAGAACACAGCCAACUCAAGGCUGCUUAAGUACACUAGAGACUGCAGCUGAAGCUCUAUCUCAAUUAGAAAACAAUUCAAUUUACAGAGAACAAUUACUUGAACCUUUACAUAUGCUAUGUAAAUUUCAAUUAGAUAAUGGUGCAGUUACACAUCAAUCAAAAGAAUUUUUAAUUAAAACAAAAACAUACCCUAAAUUAAUAGGAAAACGAUUGUCUAAAUUAUUAAGAUCUACAAAUGAAAUAUAAGUAAUUAAGAUAAAUUAUUUUAUAAAAUUUAUACAGUCAUUUUUA